UGAUUGUCGUCCACAAUCCUCCUCACAGGAGAAGAUGGAGCAAAGAAAAAAAUCCUCCUGAGAUGAGGAUUGUUCUUCUGGGUUGGAGCGUGUCUGAAAACAGUGAUGUGGGAAACUUCAUAUUAGGACGAGCAGCGUUUGACAGUGAAGCUCCUCCAGAUGUUGUAGAGAGAGUCUCAGGAAGACUGAAGGACAGACGCGUGAUCAUCAUCAACAGUCCUCAGCUGCUCCAGACCAACAUCUCAGAUCAUCAGAUCACACAGACAGUGAGAGAGUGUGUCCAUCUGUCUGAUCCAGGACCUCAUGUGAUCGUUCUGCUCCUCAAACAUGAGCCGUGUUCAGCAGAAGAUCAAGAGCGUGUGGAGAAGGUGCUGCUCUCUUUCUCUGAGCGCGUUUAUCAACACACCAUGGUGCUCAGCACACGAGAGCUCACUGAAACCAAUGACAUCCUGCAGAAAAUCAUUCAGAAAUGUGCAAACAGACACUUCAGUCUUCAGACGAGCAGCUCUCCUCAUGAUCUUCUGCAGAUGUUUGAGGACAUUGAGAAGAUGAAUGAUGGACAACACCUGGAUUGUGCUGAAGCUUCACAGUAUUUCACAGUGGAGAAACCGGACACAGAAAAGCUUUCAGAAGGUGUGAAGCUGAAUCUGGUUGUGUGUGGGUGUGACGACACAUUAAAAUCCUCCAUAUCAGAGCUGAUCCUGCAGCAGAUAGACAGAAGAUCAGACGUGGAUCUUCAUGGUCGUCUGAUCAAUCUGGUGGAGCUUCCAGCUCUGAUUCGUCUCUCAGAGGAGGAAGUGAUGCGUCAGACUCUCCGCUGUGUGUCUCUCUGUCAUCCUGGAGUUCAUGUUUUCCUCCUCGUUAUUCCUGACGCAAUACUCAAUAAUGAAGACAAAGCCGAAAUGGAGGAGAUCCAGAGGAUAUUCACCUCAAGAAUCAACAAACACAUCAUGAUCCUCAUAAAGCAGAAUUCAGAGCGUCAGACAGCAGAACUCAAUGAAGAAACACAGUCUAUCAUUCAGAGUUUUGGAGUACGACAUAAUUUUAUUGGUCCCAAAAACCAAGUGUCUACAUUGAUGGAGAACAUUGAGCAGAUGCUGGAAGAAAACAGAGGAGAGUUUUUCUCUACUGAGAUGUUUAUUGAGGCACAGACGGAAAAACUGGUGAAAUAUGAAGAAAUGAAGAAGAAAAUUCUUUCACUAGAGACACAUUUACUGUCACAAGGUUCAUCAGAGAGUGAAGAUGAACUGAGGAUUGUUCUGCUGGGAAAAACUGGAGUCGGGAAAAGCGCAACGGGAAACACAAUAUUAGGAAGGGAUGCGUUUACAGCAGAAGAAUCUUUUGAAUCAGUGACUAAAGAGAGUCAGAGGCAAACAUCUGAAAUCAACGGCCGACGCGUUACUGUGAUCGACACUCCAGGACUGUUUGAUACUGAACUCACGAAUGAGGAGAUCCAGAGAGAAAUCAGACACUGCAUCUCCAUGAUCCUGCCUGGACCACAUGUGUUUCUCCUGCUGAUUCCACUGGGACGAUUCACUCAUGAGGAGGAAAAAUCAGUGAAGAUCAUCCAAGAAACGUUUGGUGAAAACUCAUUAAUGUUCACCAUGGUGCUCUUCACCAGAGGAGACUUUCUGAAGAAGAAAACCAUUGAUCAGUGUUUGGGAAAACCUGGAUCUGUGAUCAGAAACCUGAUUGAAACAUGUGGAAACAGAUUCCAUGUGUUCGAUAAUAAUCAGACUGGAGACCAAACACAGGUGACUGAUCUACUGGAGAAGAUCGACAACAUGGUGAAAGCAAACGGAGGGAGUUUCUACUCAUGUAAGAUGUUCAGACAGAUGGAAAGAGAAAAACAAGAACAACAGAUGAAGAUCCUGAUUGACAGAGUCAGAGAAAGAGAAGAAGAGAUGAAGAAACUAAAAGAAGAGAAAGAGAAAAUGAAGAUGAUGAUGGAAGAAGAACGACAGAAUCAGGACAAAGAGAGAAAGAGAAGAGAAGAGGAACUGAAGGAACAGAAAGAGCAGAUGAGAGAUGAGAUGAAACAGAAAUGUAAAGAAUGGGAGAAACAGAAACAAGAAGAAAAGACAAGAAGAGAAGAAGAUGAGAAAAGAAGAGAGAAAGAAAAACAGAUUUGUGAUGAAGAGAUUCAGAAACUGCAGAGUGAAAUGGAGGGAAUAAUCAGAGAGAAAGAGAGAAUAGAAGGAGAGAUACGAGAACACCUACAGGAUGUAGAGAAGAGACUGAUAGAAGAAAGAAACAUGAGAGAAGAUCAACAAAAGACCCUUAAAGAAAAACUGAAACAAAGUAAAAGACAAACAAUUAAUAAUUUAUUUCACAAACUUAAUGUUGAAGUCAGACACCUCAAUAAACUGAGAGCUGCAGAUGUUCUUCAGAUAACUGCACAUUCAUCACAGUCUCAUGAGUCUUGUGCUGAAGAAGAGCUGAUUCAGACUUACACACAAAAACUACUGAUGAUGGACUACAGAGCAAGAUACAUUAAAACUAAAGAGACCAAUGAAGGAGAUCACAGAUAUCACAUACACACUGAUUCAUCUGAAGAUGAGAGUGAUAUUAUAGAUGAA